AUGUUGGUGGAAAAGGUAAUAUGGAUGUCAUCUUGGAGAUGGUACCUGGUACCAUUCUCUAAUUGUGAUAGUAAGCCUAGAAUAAUAGAUAUAGUGCAAAAAAUGGUUGACAAUGAGGAAGUGGAAUAUUACAAAGCAUUCUUUAAUGAGAGUAAGGCACAGAAAAUGAGACACAGAAAUGAAAAAAAUACUUGCAGGCACAGUAGAGAGCUCACAGAGUGUUGCAGGAAUGUGACAUAACCUAACCUAUAACUUCAACUGUUAUAAAAAUGUCCAAGGCCCAGCCAAAAAAUAA